UGACGAUUCAUUAAAUGGGCCGACUUCGCACGGCUCGAAUCCUGUCCGGAGCAACGAUUUCUGUUCUUUCGCAGAGGGAUAAGGGAAAUAGUGCCCACAACAAGUGCAGACGAAGGCUAAGGUGCGGAGGAAGACGUGGGAGGGUCCGCUAGUUGGUUGGCCUUGUCCUCGGUCUUGUUGAGAUCUUGUUCCCUCGACGGUUGCAAUCGUGCAUCCGCUUGCCUCAUCACCGGAGAAUAGCUCGUCGCAGUUGAUCGCCUCCUGGUUGCGAACCAUACCUAAUAGCACAGAGGCACGCUUCUUCGACCUAUUGCAAAGCCUUUCUUGGUGUUUCUUGCCUUGGAUUUGUCGUCCUCGAGGCACCUGCCGCCCCGGCAAUGGUUUGACCACUGGACAGGGAGAUGGUCCAGCAAGUAUUCCUGCCCAAUGGGCAGAUAUAUACCGUCACACCAGUAUUUGGUGGCUUCACGUUCAAAUCUACGAACCUUGACCUGCACCAUUCUCCAAUCCCUCCAGGGUGGACCGUGAUGGUGCAGACCGAAGAUGCGAUUGACGAGGACGAGAGAAGGAAGAGUACCUCCGUCAGUCUUGACAAGAAAGAGUCAGAAGAACCACCACAGAAACAGACCGUGGUCCAUCGAUUCUCCAAACCUACCGCGCAGCGUGACUCGCUGUUUAUUUCCUCCAUUUCGAUGCCCUCGAGUUCAGACUUCAGAAAUACAGCUUCCCCAACCAGACAUAUUGCCAUGAUACUAUGGGCAACACUAUGCUGGUAUUUUCACAAAGAACCUCCCAAUCUGCAUGCAUACACAGAAUCAUGCGCAUUGACACCGGAGAGCGGGAGACCUAAGCUUGACUGGCGCAUCAAGAUAAAGAGGGAGGGCAUCUUUAAGGGCAAAAACACCCUACAGAAACUUGAGCGCAUGGGUCUCAUCGCGAGCGAAGAAUCAUAUGUCGGUACGGAGAUUGAUUCCCGCAUGGCCAGUGGAUGGGCCGAGACGUUCGUGAGUAGGAAGUCGUUCUGGCAGAUCGAUGCUCGAAUCUUUCUCUACACCAUGGCCCCACAACAGCACUCGCCAUUCCCUUCAGGUUCUCCCCAUCCCUCACGUCCUGCUUCGCCAGAUCGGACCCCUGGCCCCGAUCGAGGCUCCCCACGGCCAGGAGACUAUGCACUGUCUUCACAACCUGGUCUGGCCGAUGGGCUUUCAGCAGGCAUAUCUUCGCCAGGUGGACCUUUCAACUCAGGGAGCCAUUUACCGACGUACUAUCCACCGCCGCCCACACAGUUUACCUUCACAAACCAUAUACGACAUCCUAUACGCCCGAAACCUCCUCGACAGGGCGAGACGUUCUACAGCCGAUAUAUACCCAGCUUAGGACAAUGGCUGUCCUUUCGAGUACCUACGCUCUCUCCCAAACCCUGUCCGCAUCCCCAUUUUUGGCCUCUAACAGGGUCCUUACCUGCAAUCAUGCCCGGUCUUGGAGGAAGUUCCUCAAUGCCGACAUUACCAACCCUUUCAAAUUUCUUAGACCGCCCAUCCGACCUAGACCUGCUGCAUAAAUGGAUGAACGAUUCAAGGGUGAAUGCCGCAUGGGGGGUUGCCGGGCCACAGGAGACGCAGAAGAAAUUUUUGACUGAGAGCCUGCAGAGCCGGCAUUCCUUCCCAGUAUUUGGUUGCUGGGAUGGCAAGCCAUUUGGUUAUUUUGAGGUGUAUUGGGUCAAAGAGGACAAAUUUGGCCGGCUGCUUGGAGGAGACGUCGGCAAUUAUACGCGAGGAUUGCACGUUUUGAUCGGUGAAGAAGAGUUCCGAGGCCCUCAUCGAGUCAAGGUCUGGCUGUCUGCGUUGGUGCAUUACUGUUGGCUUGCGGACCCCAGGACUGAGACUGCAAUGUUGGAGCCGAGAGUGGAUAAUACCAAAUUUAUAACCUAUUUGAAGGAAUGUGGAUUUUACAAGCAGGGCGAAGUAUCAUUUCCACACAAGCAAUCAGCUGUGAUGAAGAUUGAUCGAGAAUCUUGGGAGGCACCAGAAUUAUGAUACAGUCAGAGAUUAUUGUAUUUGAAGUGGAAUCCUAGGUUGAACGGACUCGGACCAGGAACGAGUCGCAGUUAGGAAUGCUUGAUCGAGUGGCUUCGUCAUGUAAUAGUUGCUAGAUAGACAUGCAUGUGUCAAGCUGAGCGGCUGUAUAUACGGACAGGACUCUCGAACACCAAAAAUGUCCUGCCACAGCAUACCUAAUGCACUGAUCAGUAGCAGA